CAGUUGUUGUUGUUGAUGAUGAAAUUACGUAUUCUUAUACAGUAUAGAUAUAUAGAGUUGAGGCGAAUAUGGCGAUGUUUGAUCUCAAUCUCAACGUGCUUCACGAGGAAGACUCCAUGACAAUUGGAGAACAAUUGGACGAGUCAGGAACAUCAAAUUCGUCUAUAGUAAAUGGAGAAUCGUCGAGCAAUGCAGGGGACGAUGACUCGUCAUCGGUCCAAGCGGUCGGAGGCGACAGUUUUACUUUCAAUUUCGAUAUUCUGAAGGUCGGCGGCAGCGAGUGCAAGAGAAACUCAACCGAGGCUACUCGGUCUGAGUUUGUGACUCGGCAGCUUUUUCCGGAUGGAGGAGGAGUAACCACCAGUUUCAGUUCGAUCUCGCCGUCUUCUUCUCGAUUGCAUCCCAAUUGGAUUGAUCUUUCGUUCAAUCAAACAAGUGCUGUCGGCUUGCAAGAGGCGAUUAUCUUACAACAGCAACAAAAGCCGCAGGUGAAGAAGAGCAGAAGAGGACCGAGGUCUCGAAGUUCGCAAUACAGAGGAGUUACUUUCUACAGAAGAACUGGGAGAUGGGAAUCGCACAUCUGGGAUUGCGGCAAACAAGUAUAUUUAGGUGGAUUUGACACAGCUCAUGCUGCUGCUAGAGCCUAUGAUCGAGCAGCAAUCAAAUUUAGGGGUGUGGAUGCUGACAUAAAUUUCAACCUUACUGAUUACGAAGAGGAUUUGAAACAGAUGAAGAACCUGAGUAAGGAAGAGUUUGUGCACAUCCUUAGGCGCCAAAGCACGGGUUUCUCCAGGGGAAGUUCAAGGUAUAGAGGGGUGACACUGCACAAAUGCGGCAGGUGGGAGGCUCGGAUGGGGCAGUUCCUUGGCAAAAAGUAUAUUUAUCUUGGGCUUUUCGACAGCGAAAUAGAAGCUGCAAGGGCUUAUGACAAAGCAGCAAUCAAAUGCAAUGGAAGGGAAGCAGUAACCAACUUUGAGCCAAGUACCUAUGAUAAAGAGAUCGAGCUAGAGGAGGCUAAUAACAACGUAAAAGAUGGUGACAAUGACAAUCAUCAUCUUGAUCUGAAUCUUGGAAUCUCUACAACACCUAGUACAAGUUUGGGUGGGAAAGUACAAUAUCACCCCUAUGACAUUCCCAUGGCAAUGAGAUCUAAUAAUAAUAAUAACAUUGAAAUCCCUCUUAAUACUACAACAUUGAUGGGGUAUCCUCCAAAUGUUAGAGGAGUAGGAGGAGGAAUAGCAAGAGCAAUGCAGGCUCCUCCUCCUCCUCAUCCUCCUCCUGCCGCUGCUGCUGGUGGUGUUUGGACAGAUGGACAUUCGAGUUAUUUCUUUCCGAGAUGUGAUCAGAUAAGUGCAGAAGGAGGGGGGGAAAGAAGAAUGAAUGUAGGUUAUCGACAAAACUGGGGAUGGGCUGUUGAAGGAGGCCCUCCUCCACUUGUCAGUUCAAGUAACAGCAGCAACAGUAGUAGUACUACAACUACUACUACUAGUACAACACCAACAGCAGCAUUCUUUGCUGCUGCAGCAUCAUCAGGAUUCUCAUCUCUUAAUGCAAACAACAACAAAAACAAGAACAAUAUUAAUAAUAAUAGUGUUGAAGUUGUUGUUCAUUCGGGGCCAUCAUCAAAACCGCCACCGCCAGCUUACUACAACAUGAGCUUCUUCUCCUCGUCUUCAUCUUCGUCAGCUCCAUCUGCUGGUGCUGUUCAUCCCUCUCAGUUCCGACUAAGGCAACUUCCAUAACCACCACCACCAUUACCGUUGGGUCUCUCUCGGGUAUGAGAAUGCAGAAUAAAUUUGAUUUCUAAGACUAUGAAUGAAUACUUACUAGCAUUAUUAUUAUUAUUAUACAUUCUGAAUUUGAUUUGUUGAUGACUUAAAAAUAUUGUUGCUUUUCCUUUUUCUGUGAUUGAUGAUGAUUUCUUUCUUGUAUAGU